GUUUUCAUUCCUAAUUCAAAUUGUACUAAAAGUGAAAUCUCAAACUGGACAAUAAUUAUGGGACAGAUGGAAUAUUAAACAACAAAUAUGGCUUAUACGUACUGUUCUUUCUUUUCUCAUUUUAUCAAGAAGACAUCCCAACGAUUAAAUAAUCCCUUUUUGUCAAAGAAAAAAAAAGGGGUCACGUCUCCUUAACCAUGCUCUGUAUUGUUAAUUUAAUGUAACUAAUAAUGAGGGUUUCUUUUCUUUUUUUCCCCCAAUAGAUAUUGAUAUUGCGCCUCAUUUCUCCAUUUCCUAUAUACUAAUUUUUUCAUUCUGAUUUUGAUUGAAGCAAUUAGAAAAAAAAAGAAAAAAAGGAGUAACCAUUAUUUAGGAAAGUUUUUCUUUUUCGAACGAAAAAAUAUGUAUGUAGUGCAUCCCAAUUAAAACAUCUCGGUUGGUUAGACAGUUGGCGUUACAUGUUAAACGAAUGAGCAGCAACAUUUGGACUAACUCUACUAGGGCUAGUCAAAAAAAAAAAUAUACCCCAUCAUUUUGGUCUGGCCUUUUCACUACUAAUUCUACUUCAUUCAAUAGGCAGAGAAUUUUGAGUUAGCUUGUUUAUGUUGUUGGCUGGAUUUUAAGAGGCUAAGAAGAGGAGGGUUUUUGGUGCUUCCAAACGCUCCAAUGCAAGGAUGGACUUUUUCACAGGCCCUUCAAAGCACACUUGGCAGCCAAUCAUGACUGCUGAUACAACCACCUCAAGUUAUUGGCUCAACUGGAGGGUGUUGCUUUGUUCCAUUUGGAUUUUGGUGUCAUUGGUCUUUGCAUCAUUUCUCGUAUCAAAGUAUGAAUGCCCUCGGAAAAAUUCGAGGAAAAAAAGUAGAGAGACAUUAGAGGAUUCUCCCGGAACCUUGUAUCAAGAUGAAGUUUGGAAGCCCUGUCUGAACACCAUACAUCCUGCUUGGCUGCUUGGUUUGCGAGUUGUUGCUUUUAUAGUGCUUUUGUUGAUGCUGAUUCUUAAUAUUGUCGUCGAUGGAGGUGACAUUAUGUACUAUUACACUCAGUGGACAUUCACAUUAGUAACCAUUUAUUUUGGGCUUGGAUCUCUGCUGUCCAUGUAUGGAUGUUACCAGUAUCAACACAGAGUUGGGAACAGGAAUGAGGAUGUGGAGCCUGGUUCUCGUUUUGAAACUUCUCGGGUGAAGAACUUUGGCCCUAAUGAAGAACAUGGAAGGCAAUUGGCUAGCUUUUGGAGUUAUGCUUUCCAAAUAAUUUUCCAGAUGAAUGCUGGAGCUGUGCUGCUGACUGACUGUGUCUUUUGGUUUGUAAUUGUGCCUUUUCUCGCCAUAAAAGAUUAUAGCCUGAAUUUUUUGAUUAUUAAUAUGCAUUCGAUCAAUGCUGUUUUUCUGCUUGCCGAAACUGCAUUGAACAGCUUGCGCUUCCCUUGGUUCCGCAUUGCAUACUUUUUCCUUUGGACAAAUUGUUAUGUCAUUUUUCAGUGGAUUGUCCAUGCAUGCAUUGCACUUUGGUGGCCAUAUCCAUUUCUCGAUUUAUCUUCUCCUUAUGCUCCAGUAUGGUAAGCAUUUUCAGAAUACUUUGGAUUUAGUGCUUCAUAUGAAUCAUAUUUUUCAGACCAGAAGAAGACUCAGAGUUACAGUCAAUUAAUUUUCUGCAUCAGAUUUCUCUUGGUUGAACUGUAGCCUCUGCUGAUGCAUUAUAUUGUGAGAAUGCCUUUUCAAAACUGCGAAAACUUACUCACUGAUGCCAAAAAAAAUCAAAAGUUUCCAAACACUUCCUAUGUUUAAAGUUACCUGAACCUUUUACUUGACUGCUUAGUGCCAAAUCUAAUUCCUCUGACAUUUUAACAGCGGUAAAAUUGGUAUUAAGUUCUUGAAUCUGACUUGUCUGAUCUUCUUUCUGAAGUUCAGGGUAAUUGCCUCAUUUUAGGUUUCCCUAACAUGAGCGGGUUACCAUUCUUUAGACAUGUUCAUUAGUUCUUGGAAUUUCCUUCAUCUUCAAACUUUACAUUCUAAAUGAUGUUUUAUCUAUCUUCCUGUCUGCAACUGAUAAUCCAGGUACUCAUCCGUGGCAUUGCUGCACAUACCCUGUUAUGGUCUUUUUGUUCUCAUAAUGAAGCUGAAACAUUUCCUUCUAUCCAAAUGGUUUCCUGAAUCGUAUCACAGUGCUCGAUGAUCCCCUAUCCUAACUUGAAAACUAAAACUUCUCAAAAGAGAUCAACAUUCUCCCUCGGUGAAGUUUUCCAAAGAGCACAGAGCUCCGCUACAAGUCAGAUUCUGACAAGCAUUUCGUGAACACAAUACGUUGCAGUUGGUAAGUAUGAGACUACAUAGCAAUUUAAGUAUUUCGAUUUAGUGUUCUAAGGUAUACAAAAUGUAGCAAAGCAACAAUCUUGUCAUACUACCAUUCACUUGCAAUACUUGUAAAUACAUACCAAUGUCGAGAACUUCAUAAAGAUCUUACAAAGGGAUUGUUGGAUGUUCAAUGAGUUUAGUAUUCCCUCUCAUAACUGUAUUAGUUUCCAAUAUGAAACUGUAGCAGUUUGUUAGGCUGCAAGCCAAAAAACCAAGUAACCAAGUGAAUCCUGACUUGUGCUACUCCACUUAAGGCUAAUAUGACCAACAGAAAAAAACUAAUGCAUACCUGAGUUAGUAGCAUGAAAAGCCUUCAAAUUUUGCUGUAAUGUAAGGAAAACUUUGGAUCAUCGAACUUAAAAAGUCUUCUUACAGGCUAUGAUAGUACCUAUUAAUGAUUUUCAUAUCGAAUUUGCAGAAUAAGUGUUCAAUUAAGAAUUAUCUGUAGAAUUUUUACGAUCUUUGUUGCUGCUGCCGACAGCAAGGAAAAUAAUAGUUGACCAACUACUGCAGACCUUCAUUCACCCUGCUUUGUUUAACAAAUGCACCGGACCAAAUGAUGUAAUUACUUAAUUACAGCCCUAGUCAUGUUCACAUAUAGUUCACAUUCUAACUAUGCAGCAAAAAGAACAAAGCCGUAGGUUUAAUAAAAUGAAUGUCAAACACAUAUAUCCGUAACAACAAUAUCACAUUCUUGCAAAAAAAGUAUGAAGCACCAUUUAAGAAGCAGCCACACUCAUGUGAACCCUUGAAGAGGGAGGAAGGAGCAUAAACUAAAACGGGAUACCUCGAAAAUCAUAUAUCUGACAUGAUGGAAAAAUAGUUAGAACUAAAGAAAUUACAAAGAUACUCAACAAAGGGAAUGCAAAGACAUAAAAGAUUUAUACCAGAAUGAGCCCCAUACAUUUCGCUCUCCCUUGGAAAAC